AUGGACCUGCAAUGGACCUGCAAUGGACCCGCAAUGGACCUGCAAUGGACCUGCCUUCCUGCUCUUCGGAGACACACCCGAAAACCCAGGCGAUUACGUGGGGGUAACGGCGUCACGGUGGACCCAAUUAGCAUAAAGCCACGGGAAGGACAAAAUUGGAGGAAAAUGAGGGAAAUGGACUCUCGCGACUGUGAUUACGCGGGGACCGUGGACGCGGGGAGGUCUGGAUGUCGGGACGUCGGGAUGCACGCAACAUCUCCAUUUCCCCUCCCAGCGUUUCUUCCGAGAUUUUUCGUCUCUUCCGUCCGUCCGUCUCCACCAUUAAGAUUUCUCUCGUUCCCCUCUGAUAUUAUUUUUGCCCACACACGGCGAGGACGAUUUCGUGCCGUCGUCGUCCGGGCGGAUCGUCUGGAUAUCCAGCGGAUCCAAGGAUGCCAGAAAGGGCGGCAUCGCCUUUUGUUCAUGGAGACGCCGGAUCCCAUCCGUCAGGCUCCGGCGGCCUCACGCAGCGCGUGUCUCUGCGCGUGUUCGAUCCGCGGGCUCGUCCUCCGCAGACUCCCUCGUCGCCAGCAAAACGAUCGCCGCGAAAUCUCGUCUGGAAAAUGUCGCCUUCUCACGCGACGACGUGGGCGUGAAGUUGCCGCGUUCGGCUCGAUCGGCAACAGAGUUGCCCUCCGUGAUGGUGGUACCGUGACGUGGCAUGUGUUCGGGAUCGGUGUCUUCUGCCCCGUCUCGUGGAAGUCUUCCCUCGACUCAUCGAUGGUAAUCGAAGGAUCUUCGUCAAAACUGGGGGAAGUGUGGGGUGGAGGUAAAGAUGUUCCGUGUGAUUGCCUGGAUCCACCCCCACCGGAAUUCAACCUCCCGCCUCCACCUGUUCCACCGUGGCUCAGCGAGGAAUCCCCCACUGUUUGUGACUCAUCCUGUCACGAAAUCGUCGCCCCGGAUCGAGCUGAGGCGGAUACACAUAGUGCAGGGGAUCCAUUGCCCAUAACUCUGAUCGUGAUAUCAUCCGUGGUUCUUCUAGUCAUCGUGUUCGGCGUCGCUUUACUUUGCAGG